AUGAAAAACGCUUCUUGGUUACCUGAAGAGGACUUAAAGGGUCUAUCGGAUAAUUUCUUUGAUGAUCUCAUCAAUCAUAUCGAUUUUCCCCUCGAGGACAUCGAAACCGCCAAUGAUGAGGGAGAUUGGGAUGCCGGGUUUCAAAACCUUGUACCCCCGCCAUUGGAUGUGCUCACGAAUAUGUUCACUUGCGCUCACACUUGCAAGGGACAACGUGUGAGAAUUCAGAAGCCUGUACCCAUGUUGAAGCAGUCGAGUUCUUCGGAAGUCUCUUCUACUGUUGAUAGCUCCCCUCCUGAUGUCAAAGUCUCCAAGGUAUUUCAGUCUUCAACCCCAGUCUCAGUUCUCGAGAACACCAACGGUUCUGCCUUGUCCCAAAACCUAAACAGAGCUCAGAGACUGGCCUUUCCUCUGAAAGGCAUCAGAAGCAAGCGCAAACGCCCCACAACCCUGAGAUUUAGAUUCCUCCAGUCAUUUUGUUCAGGAAUGACUCAGCAGUUUUCUUUGGAUGAAUCAGAAUGUGAAACUUACCUCGCUUGUGAGAAUCCCUCCAAGAAGAAACGCAAGAAGAACACGAAUUGUCAGGCCCAUUCGGUCUCGUACAGUCCAGAACCAUUUAAUUCGGAUGGGACGGUCCGUAAAUGCACUCAUUGCGAGACAACCAAGACCCCGCAGUGGAGGGAAGGGCCCUGUGGUCCUAAAACCCUCUGCAAUGCUUGUGGUGUCCGGUUCAGAUCAGGCCGUCUUCUUCCAGAAUACCGUCCAGCCUCGAGCCCGACCUUCAUCCCAACCGUGCAUUCAAACUCGCACAGGAAGAUCAUUGAAAUGAGAAGGAAAGGCGAUGACCAGUUUGAUACCGGAAUGAUCCAUGCCGUGUCAUCCCGAGCAUAG